AUGGGCUGCUGCGAUGAAGUAACGUCAAAGAACUUUUCGCUCUAUGGUCAAUGGCUCGGCCUGAUAUCAGUCGUCCUGCUGAUUGCGCUAGGCAUUGUCGGAUUUGUGAACCAUAUUGUUUUCAGCAUUGUUGGAUGGGUGCUUGCGCUGAUCUUGUUGUUCGUCGAAAUUCCACUCUGUCUCAAGUGCUGUCCGACAAGUCCGAAAUUGUUUGCGGUUGUCAUGUUUCUGUCCACCUUGAUGGACAAGGGUCCAUUAAUCGCAGCUGCUGUCAGCUUGCUACUAGCUGCUAUCUGCUAUGGUGCUGGCGCUGCUACGGGUCAAAGCUUUGCUAGCUCAAAGUACCUCGGUGGAACCGGUGUUGACAAUGUCAAAUUGACAUCUUUGCGCGGUGAAGUCGAAGCUGCCAACACUCGUGCAGACGAUGCUGAAGCCCGUGUUAAGCAGUUGGAAGCCGAACAUACGCAAAAAGACCAUGAACUGAGCUCGCUGGAGUCACGUGUGAAACUUCUGCAAGAACAACUCGACAAGGCCGAGCUCGACUUUAAGGAAGCCUCAGAAAAUUUCCGCGAAGCUGAUCUGCGCGCUGAGCAGUUUGAGAAGAAGGCAAACAACCUGCAACAAGAACUGGAGACUAUGGAGCUCAAGAGCGAAGAAAUGACCCAAAAAUACCAGGCUGCCAAGGCCGAGAUGGACGAUCUUGAGCGUCAGCUAGAAGGUGUUUAG